AUUACUCAUGAUUACCGCUAUGACGUGUAUCUUUGUCCUUGGAUACCUGGUUAAUAAACAUGGCCUGCAGUCCAUUGUUGCAGCAAAACGAAACACAAGCACUCCCAAAUUACAGACUCUGUACAAUGGACUCCUGGUGUGGGAAGCUGCUGACGUCCGUGGUGGUCCUGCCCUUCAUGGCCGGAAAUUGCCGAACACGACGGAAUGGAUCCCGGUAUUAUGACUGUCUUAUCUCUUCACGUGUUUUGUUCUUGGUCGUCUUUGCUAUAGUGAUAGUGUUCACCGCCAGCAAACGGAUACCUUCACACACACAAAUUCGUUUGGGAUUUGUUCUUCUUCUCCUCACAUUACUCAUGAUUACCGCUAUGACGUGUAUCUUUGUCCUUGGAUACUUGGUUAAUAAACAUGGCCUGCAGUCCAUUGUUGCAGCAAAACGAAACACAAGCACUCCCAAAUUACAGGUAAUAUUCCUCUGGAUGUUUGGCUUAGCAACAGUUUUUUAUUGUGGUUUCCUCCUGGCCAAGCAAAUUGAAUGUUCCAUAUACAUAUCUGGAGGAUAUUUCUGGAACAUAGUGCUCUUCUUCAACACUUUAUUGAUCAUAUGUCUUUUCAUACAGAUGAUUUUCAUAACGUACUUUUCACCAUACGAACUGGAACCAACUGAUCUAGUUAAUUGUACAAUGUCUAUGCUGCUAGCUGGAAAUGUUUCCAUUUUUGUGUACGUCAACAUUAUGGGCAAUACUCUAUCUACAAUUAUAGAUAUCGACCCUGACAAUGAUAUAGCACGCUGUUUAAAAAACAACAGCACCAUGAUUUUACUUCUUGAAAAAUCAAGCUCGAUUCUACGACCAAAUUUUACAGAGUUCGUUUUGCUGUCCUGUACGAUUCUUCUGGAAAUUUGGUCUCCCACAAAAGUACAACAUCCUAAUGGUGAAGUGCCGUACAUAGAAAUAAGCGACAUAAAUGAUUCAGAGAGAUCGUCACUUCUGUCAUCUGAAACAACGACGGAACACUCGAGAAAUGAAGGCAGACGAACGGCAUGUCAGUUAAUUACCCUGAUUAUAAGUAUUGCAUUGGGACUUGGGCAAGUUGUUUGUUAUGUUGUCAUGGCGAUGGAUAUAGGAGACGUAAACAGUAUGAGAUAUGUCUCUGAAGUGUAUGAAUUAGUGUUAAAGGCUAUGAUUGUUCUCGCAAUCUUCAUUGGUUUCUUUUGUUUAGUUCAGUACUGUAGUCCUGACAGAUCUUCGCAAGGUCUGAAGACAUGGGAGCACGUCUAUUUACUGUCGGCGUUUGGAUUAUUUAUGAUGCAUAUCUGCGAAUGUAUAGGCGGUGACGUAUCUUCAGAUAUUUCAGCAAAAAUGCUCAUGUCCACAAGCAUCAUCAGCAUAUUCCAGGACUAUCUCCAGGUUGUCUUUCUUUUGCAUGCUAACCGAUGUAAGAAAUGUGACCCUCGGUCAAACAUCAAUUUGCUUGAAUCAGUUCUGAUAUUUACAAUGAUAAGCAACUUUAUGUUCUGGUUCAACGACAGCUUUCUUAUAACUGAGUUUCCAGUCAAUCGGAUACUGGAACAUGAUGAUUUUUCCAAAGACUUACUAAAUGUUGUGUAUGAAAUUUUUCUCCCCGUGUCUGUCUUCUUUAGAUUCACAUCUUUUUUGGAAUAUUAUGCAACCUUCGGAAAAUACAAUGCCUAAAAACAUUUUUUUUUCUUUUACAUGUAUUUUAUCUUCUUUGAAGAGUAACGAUGUUGUGUUUUAUUCAU